AUGAAUGGAAACCAUAUAUGUUCAGCGCUCAAGCUGUACAAUUACUUAUUCGAUUCCCAGGAAGAUGUAUACAGACUGGUUUGUGCUGGUAUUAAUAAUCAUUUUGGAACUGGCUAUGAAGCUGAAGAUGUGUUAUUUGUAUUGGAUACCAUAAAUGGAAAUGACGACUUAAAACAACGAUUUUAUACAGCUACAGCUGAAGAAAUAAUCGAAUCAUUUAAUGCCAAUAACGAUAUCGUAACAUCAAUGGAACUAGUAAAUUUAAUUCCCUUUGUCGCUGUUUGUAUUCAAGAAAAGUGUAAUUCUCAGCCAUUACCGACAUAUAAACUACACCAGAUUGUUACAUUAAUGCAACGUGAUUUUUCCUCUUCAUGCGGUAUAUAUUAUUCUACAUGCAAUGAAUGUAAAACGCGUUAUUUUCCAACAUUUUAUGAGUUAAACGGCUCAAAAAUGAAAUUUAUUACAUUUGACUCCAUCAGAAAAAAAACGCAAUCUACCAAACAAGUGGAUACACGGUAUUGUCCAAACCAUCAAACGGAACAACAACGAAAAGAAACAUCACAAGCGGACAGGAAUUCAAACAAAUUGAUAAAUAUAUCAAAUGAUGAAAAAGUACAAGCGCAGAAAAUGACAGUAAUAUCACAUGAAAAUUUGAAUGAAAGUUCGAUGACAAAUGAACCAAAACUAGAAGACAUUGAAUGUGAAAUAUUUCGCAGUGAUUAUGAAACUCAUCCAAAGCCUAGUUAUAGAUUUCUUACCUCAUUUCAUAAUUGCAAUGUUAUUAUUGGAUUUGACGAAUCAGCAAGAGGAGAGCGCAGUAAGUAA